AUGCCACCUAAGAAAUCAGCACAAGGUUGGAGCAGGAAGGAAGGGAAGGAAGGGGUGGGGAAGGCUGAUGCACAGAAGACUACACUUGGGGAGACUCUCCUCAUGUGUGGGGGAGGAAGAUCACAGAAGGUGAUGCUUGAUGAUAGGGUGCAAGCUCACCAAGAGCUUGGGGAGGGCAUGAAAUACCACUCCUUGAAAUUGAUGAGACUAUUGCUACAAAAAAUUGGAGCAUCCCUGCUGCUGGCAGCCAGCACUGUACAUAAGCAGGAUAUGGAAGAGGUGACUGAGGAAGAUAUUGGGGAACUCAAUGAAUAUAUCAAGGAGAUCAACAGCAUCAAGGGUCUUUUGGGAUAUGGAGGACAGUGGCUGGUUAUGAUAUACAGUAAAGAUCCAGAUGCUCAACAUCUGCAUGGAUAUGUCCAUGUAUCAUCUUCUAUCCACAUGCUCCCUAUCAGCACAAAUGUUUAUAUCCAAUAUCACACAGGGGACAUCAAUGAAAAACUGGGCCUCUUCAUCUCGCAAAAUGAAUGCAAGCACACAUACAUCGAAGCACCAGCAGAGGGCCUCAUCCAGCGAUUCAAAGAGGCCCUCAUAUUGGGUCACAAGUGGUACAAUAUCCCUUGCACUGGAACAGAGCUCCUCUCCCAAGACUAUGUAUUCAAGUUGAUGUCAUUCAUGAACUCAGUGUCUACACAUUACAUCCAUUCCCUGAUAUUCGACCUCAAUAAAUUGCAUGCAAUGAUGAUGAGCCCAGGGGGAGGGGUGAUGUCUGUUCUUGAAGAGAAGCUCACUCUGUGUUUCAACACCAUUGAAUUCACCAUUGCAGAAUUCAAAGAUCUCGACAAGAAGGCCUUGUCUCUGUGCCAGGCAAUCAUACCACAAGUCCAGGAUGUCAUCAAUGCAGUCUUCACAGGCCAUCUGUUUGCCAACUUGGAGACUUCUGCAUUCAAUCAAUACUGCCAUGCUCUUGUUGUCAUGCUCGAGGAGAUCACACAGAUGGAUGAUGAUAUAUCAUUAUAUGAGGAAGAUGUGAAGAAGGUGAUUCAGAUGUCCCCAGCAAAGAUAAGUCUGCUCCUCAGUGAAUGGUGUUCAGAUGAACCAUUCUACCUCUUCCCCCUCCCAUCCUAUUGUCUCAUUGAGGCCAUGAACAAGCACCUUCUCAGGAUUAAUGGUGCAUUGCUUGAAUAUGCAUCAUGGUGGACACUGUUCAUCCACCAUGACAAGUUCCAUCCACAGGACUGGUCUCCUGGAUCUGCAAGCACAGACAUGGUCAGGGCAGUGUUGGCACACAGGUCACUGAAGAUGGAUGGGCAUGUUUUAGCUGUCAACAAGGACGAUGAUGAGGACUCGCAUCCCAAGGGUAAAGGAAAGGCAAAGGCAAAGGUGGAGGAUGAUGAGGGAGAUGAAAAUGGAGGACAGGAAGACAGGCAAGUUGGAGAUGAUGGCAAUGAUGACAAGGGUUCUGGUAGAGACAUGUCUGAGGCAUGUGACAGAGGUGAGCAAGAAAAUGCUGAUGGGAAGAUCAUGAGAGAGCAGUGGGUGGACAGGAGAGCUCAUGUGAAGGAGCAGGCAGCUGCCCACCAUCAACUCCUUGCAAAGGAGGCUGAGACCACAAUCAAGUAUCUCAAUGCUGUGGAGAAGCCUCUGAAGAUCACUCUGAAGGAUUUUGGCAUCCCCACCAACUGUCUGCCCAAACUCCCUUCCCAUGCACCAAAGAAUAUAUUUCGUGGUCAGGAAUUCAUCGUACAUCAUACCUACAAGUGGGUGAACCAGGUCCCCAACUCCAAGAAACAAUUCAUGUGGCAACUUGCAUGCCUUGCCAUCUAUGAACAUGCCAUUGUCCACUCAUAUCAUCCUCAGCUUCUCUUUGACAUUGUGUCAGGCACACUACUUCUAUGA